ACCGAGACGCGCGCCACGAAAGUUGAACGCUCCUGUCUACGUUCACUCUACUGCACCUAUCAUUGGCUCUCAUUUUGAAUACGCUUGCUAGAAUAACUCGUACCAUGGGCAAGGCAAUGGCAUACGUUGUAACCGUAGGCACGGAGCCUGGCGUUUAUGACACGUGGAUCGAAGCUUCGUGGAAGAUUCGGGGUGUUCAAUAUCCCGUAUACCAGGGUUUCCCAACCAGAGAGGAAGCCGAACGAGUGUUCCAAGCAGCGUUGGCAAGAGGAGAGGUUAUGGCCGUUUCAUCUGUUGGGGGUAAAAGCAGAAAGAAACAUACGUCCACGAAAGCCGCUGUCAAGCAAGAGAAAUCACCUCCGUCCCCGGUGUCAUCCGAGAUAUCGCUGUUAAUGACACCUAACACGAACGCGAAGGAGACAUACUCAUUCACGCAACGAGGGGUAAUUCCCUCUCCUCCUCCUUCUCCCGUUGGCAGGUUGCACAGAACGUCAAGGGGGAGUUCAAUCUCGACACCGCCCUCUCCAUCGACAGAGGUCACGCAACAUGGGACGGUAGAUAAGGACACGCCUUCAGCUUAUGUUAAGUGGAUUUCACCAGGGACAGAAUUUGGUUCGCCAUUGGCGCAUUCUGACAGUGUCGAGGAAUCUCCAUUUGCCCUGAUGGGUAAUCGGUCGGGAUGCAGAUCGCCCAGUAAGGGCUUGCGGACGCCAGCCUCCAGCGAUGUUGAAGAGCAUGAACUAGGGGAUUUUCCUCCGCAGAGCAGGGUUCAGGUUCCCGUACGCGGGGUGGCGUACCGGACCCUUGAUGAACUCGUUAUUGAAAAGAAUAUCGACUCUCGUAUUUGGCUUCCUAGACCUGUCCCGCGCGAGUUUGAUCCUGCCAAAGUCAAACGCCGACCCCUGACAAGGCCACCAAGUCCAGCAAAACCCGCUUCCUCAAACAGUUCCUCGUCUUUUAAAACACCUCCGGAGUGUUCGAAGACAAAGCCCCACAUAUCUAAUGCCGAGAGUGCCAAUGUCAGGACCAGUCGCGGUAGACCCUCGUGGCUCACACCAAGUUUAUCAUUGCCAGCCCUACCAUUGCUAAAUUGCAGGGCGUUCACAAAGACGUGUGAGCAACCGGGGGCCAUUGAUUUGCACACGGGGUGGUCACCAGAAUGCGGUAAUCACAUUGAUUCCCCGCAGAACAGCUCCCACAUUCAGCUUGUCCGACACGAGGACGGCAGCCAAGCUAGUGCUUUUAUAGUUCAUUGCCCUCCUGGCUGCCUUCACGAGUCUUGUGUUUCGUCCUCUCCUCUUAUCUUCUCGGUCGAAGAAGUUGCAAAGUCCAAGUAUGUUGACGUUGCAGUUUCGCCGAUUUUUCGAGAAACUCAAGCAACUUGCAACGCCAUGAAAGUCGGAUUGCCAGUAACUGGCGAGUCACACGACGGCGACUUCCCUUGCGAUGUUGACGUUCGAUCGCCGAUGGCUAGAGGGACCCAACUCCCUUUCAGCGCCACAACACAGUACGUUCCUUGUUUGCAUCUAGUCUUGCAUUCAGUCGUCAUGCUUGAUGCGUUCAAGUAUAGACAUAGUUCCGCAAUCUUUAUUGAUCAUAUGUUCUCGAGGUUUCUGUUGAGGGUCGUGCUUGCUCACGCACUCUUGUAGGAUGUUGACGAUUCUUGGAAGGCCGACGCCUCCGACACAGUCUCCUCAGUCGCGAAAUAUGGCCUAGGAGUAGGGAACGGUGGCGAAUCACCGCGUCGAGUUCCCGUUGUCCAUAUAACGCAUUGGAUGUCGCAAAAUGUUGCGUCUCAUGGAUACCCUUGCAUACGUCGAGUGUAGUUGCUGUACCGUUACUUUGCUUGUCACGAGCAUAUCACUACUUCACUUUGCGAAGCAGAAGGGUCGCUGAACGGAC